GCUAUAAACAUUUCAUGCUCAAUGUAUAUGAGCAAAAUAUAUGAUGUGGUCUUGUACUCCAAGAUCGUCUUGAGGUGUUUACUGAUAUGUAUAGUGGCCUCGUUGAUGUUUCGAUCCUGCAAGUAGACAAGAUAUAGCUAACUAAAUGACCCAGUUACCACUUUAGCACGAUGGUUCUAGUAAAAAGUUAUGUCAGUUUGGUACUAGAAGAUACUCAUGGUGUUCACAUUUCUAUGAAGUAAGGUUUUUGGAGAUUGUUUCAAGUCAUGAAGAUUGGUUUUCGCGGACCUGAUUUAAUCUUAUUACAUAGUUCCUCUUUCCGCUGUCAUUUAAAAAGCAACUCCUUGAAAACUAGAAUUUAUACAGACAAAGAAGGUUGGGGACUGGAAAUGAAGAAGCGGCUCAAACCUCAUGGAAAUGAAAAUAAAGCUGCAGUUGGAAAUAUGCUGAUGAAGGGGUCCAAGGCGAAGAAGAAAAGGAGUGACUCAAAUAAUUGUCAUCAGUGCCAUAGGAGAGAUAAAGAAAGAGUUGUUCGAUGCACCAAGUGCAACCAGAAGAAUUAUUGCAUUCCUUGCAUCACCAGAUGGUAUCCAACGAUGGAGGAGAUAGAUUGUGCAGAAGCAUGCCCUGUUUGUCGUGAUAUUUGCAACUGUGCAGCAUGCUUGCAGUCUAAUGCGGCUAAUAAAGACUUGAUCCCAGACGUCAAACUUUGCACCAAAGACAAGGUUCAGCACUCAAGACACAUUGUUAGAGCAAUUCUUCCUUAUCUGAAGCAAUUUGUUGCUGAACAAAACAUGGAAAGGGAGGAGGAGGCUAGAAUUCAAGGUUUAUCAGUUACAGGUUUACAGAUUCCCAGAGCGAACUUUAGCCCCAAUGAUCAAGUGCAAUGCGAUAAGUGCAAGACUUCUAUAUUUGAUGUCCACAGAAGCUGUCUAAAGUGUUCGUACAAGCUUUGUGUAACUUGCUGCCGAGAGAUUAGGGGUGGCUUUCUCCCGGGAAGUACACAUUAUCAGGUGCACGACGUGAUUGGAAAUUUUAUAAUUAUAGUUUGUCCACCUGAAAGUAUGGGGGGCUGUGAUCACGGGAAUCUGGAGUUGAAGUCCAUAUAUCCUGAUAAGUGGGUUUCAGAACUGCUAAAGAAAGCAGAAUCAAUAGCUGAAAUGUGCAGCAUCACUGAUUCUCCUGAAGCUUCUGAAGGAGCAUGCUCAUGCUUGCGAUCAUAUCAAGGGAGUGAAAUGGAGAGCGCAAAGUUAUGUGAAGCAGCUUCUCGAGAAGAUAGUAAUGAUAAUUUCUUAUAUUGUCCUUCUGCUGUGAAUAUUGGAAAACUGGGCGUAAAACAUUUCCAGUGGCAUCUAUAUAAAGGUGAGCCUGUAAUAAUCCGCAAUGUGCUAAGUGGAACAGCUGGGUUGAGCUGGGAACCUUUGGUUAUGUGGCGUGCUUGCCGCAAGUCUAGAAAGACUAACCACUUGCAUAUUCUUGAGUUCCAGGUGCGAAAUUGCUUAAACUGGUGCGAGGAAACAAUCAACAUGCAUCAGUUCUUUAAAGGAUAUUCUGACGGCCUCUUUGACAGUGAAGGCCAGCUCAAAAUUUUGAAGUUGGAGGACUGGCCUCCAGCUGAAUCAUUCGAAGAACGAUUACCCCGCCAUUGUCGGGAGUUCUUUAGAUGCUUGCCCUUCAGGCAUUACACACUCCCUCAUGCUGGUUAUCUCAAUAUGUCUACCAAGUUACCAGAGGUAUCACUGAAGCCAGACUUGGGGCCAAAGAUGUGCAUCAGUUAUGGAGCUGACCACAAGUUUGGAUUUGGUUCUGUUACCAUGCUUCAAUACGCUCUGUCAGAUACGGUCAACGUCUUGAUGCAUACUGCAGCAAUUUGUGUUAGUGCUGAACGGCUUUCAAUGAUGGAACAGGCCUUGAAAAGUCAACAAGGUGAAAUGCUAAAAGAUAAAGGAAAGAGAAGGUAUAAUCCUUCAAUCGUGAGAAACAGGAUACAAGAGUUUGAGGACCCAGAAAGUGGUGCAGUAUGGGAUAUUUUUAGGAGGCAAGAUGUUCCUAAACUGGAGGACUAUCUCAGGGAGCACUAUGGGGAAUUCAGGCAUAUUGACUCCCGUCUGCAGCAAUUGGUUCACCCCAUUCAUGAUAAAGCAUUUUACUUAACAGAGGAACAUAAAAGGAGCCUGAUAGAGGAAUAUGGAAUUGAACCAUGGACCUUUGUUCAGAAGUUAGGAGAUGCUGUUUUCGUACCUGCUGGCUGCCCUUAUCAAAUUAGAAACCUGAAGUCGUGUACAAGUGUUGCUGUUAACUUUGUUUCUCCUGAAAGUGUUGGAGAGUGCAUCCGUCUAUCAAGGGAAUACAGGUCGCUUCCGUACAAUCAUAGAUCUAAGGAGGACAAGUUACAGGUGAAGAAAAUGGCCUAUCAUGCAAUGAGACGAGCUGUCAAAUACUUGGAGAAUGCUACUGCUGAUAAAUCGAGAAGUCGACCAACACCACCUUUGGCUCUUAGAGAUGUACCCCAUGUGGCGUCUAGAGAUGUAUCCCGUGUGGCGUCUAGAGAUGUACCACGUGUGGCACCUAGAGAUGUACCCGCUGUGGCUCCUAGAGAUGUACCCAUUCUGGCGCCAAGAGAUGUACCCCAAAAUCCUGCUAUGCCAGAAAUUAUGACAGUUGAUCUUGGAUUCAUAAGGGAGGACUUGGAGGCAAAGAAAAUGUUACUGGACAGAGAAGGCCACUUUGUUGCACCACAACGGAGAGAGUAUCUGGAUGAUGAGAUUAAUAACCUUCUCGACAUAAUUUACGCCGUGACAGGACCAGCUCCUUGAUAACUUGAAAUCAGUUGUAUUACAUAUUUAAAACGGAUCAUCUCCGGAUAGUCAUGAAAAAGAUUGUUAAUUUC